AUGGUUCGUGUACAUGGCGUAGACAUUCGUUUUGCUGCCCAAGAGCCGCGGCCUGCGGAAUCCCAGCACGCGAAUGUUAAUGAGAAAGCAUCGGAGGAAGUGAAAGAUUUCUGGGAAGACAACAAGUUGAUCCAAAAACUCAAUAUAUUAGAUAAAAAACGAAAAUUGAUCGAGGCUGAAGGUGUUGUGAAUUUUUUGCAAACGGGAAAUGAACGCUUAAACGAUACUUCAAGGGUGGUUCAUGAGUCUCAGUUAAAUAUUUUGGAAAGAAAUGAAGCAAAAAAAUCCAGAAAUGAUGAACAAGAAGAAGCGGAGGAUACUAACAAUAGAUAUCCGGAAACGGUACAAACGGAUGAGUCAGCUACGGAUAACAAACCUUAUCUCUUAAGAAAAAGACGAGGUAAUCCAUUUGUAGUGGAGGACGGGGACGGCACCAUAAUAAUUGAUGAUGUAGACGAACUGUGCUUUAAUGAUGAGGAACCAGCAAAUGAUCAUAAGAUAGGAUAA